ACCGGAACCUCCGCGCGGGCGCACGCGCGGGGAGGCGUUGCUAGGCGACACCGUAGCGGCGGCGGGGCCGGGGGUGAGCGGAGCGGGCUCAGUGGCCCCCUCCCUGAACUCCCACGAUGGAGAAGUACCGUGUCCUGGAGAUGAUUGGCGAAGGCUCCUUCGGGCGCGUGUACAAGGGACGUCGGAAACACAGCGCUCAGGUGGUGGCCUUAAAGUUCAUCCCCAAGGUGGGGCGGUCUGAGAAGGAGCUGAAGAACCUGCAGCGGGAAAUUGAGAUCAUGAGAGGCCUCCGUCAUCCCAACAUCAUCCAGAUGCUUGACAGCUUUGAGACCGACAAAGAGGUAGUGGUGGUGACUGACUACGCAGAGGGGGAGCUCUUCCAGAUCCUGGAGGAUGAUGGAAGUUUGCCUGAGGACCAGGUCCGGACCAUUGCUGCCCAGCUGAUCUCUGCUCUCUAUUACCUGCACUCCCACCGUAUCCUGCACCGCGACAUGAAACCCCAGAACAUCCUGCUGGGCAAAGAUGGUGUUGUCAAGCUCUGUGACUUUGGGUUUGCCCGUGCUAUGAGCAUCCACACCAUGGUGUUGACCUCCAUCAAGGGGACCCCACUGUACAUGUCCCCCGAGCUGGUGGAGGAGCGGCCAUAUGACCACACAGCAGACCUGUGGUCUGUGGGCUGCAUCCUGUACGAGCUGUUUGUGGGCACCCCUCCUUUUUACACCAGUAGCAUCUUCCAGCUCGUCAGCCUCAUUGUCAAGGACCCGGUCAAAUGGCCUGUGGCCAUAAGCCCAGUCUUCAAGAGCUUCCUGCAGGGACUACUAACGAAGGACCCCUGCCAGCGAUUGUCGUGGCCAGAGCUGCUUUCUCAUCCCUUUGUUGCUGGACUGGUUACUGUGAUUGAUGACACAGAAGAGCAUGGGAUCUCAAACCCCUUCACCACCAAGCUGUCCCCAGAGCUGCAGGUCCUGAAGGAGCAGCAAGCCCAUGCCAUGGCCCCCAGGAGCAGCCAGUCCAGGAUCCUGAGAAAGGCCCGGCAGAAGAUGAUUGAGGAGGCACAGAAAAAGGGGCAACUGAAAGCGGGUGAUGCAUCUACAAAGAACUCUGGCAAAGGAUGCCCCAGGCAUAGACCCAGAGCAGCUCCUGGGAAGGCAGCCCUCAUGGAGGGGGAGCCACCACCUGCCUCCAAAGAGAAGAACCCUAUUGUCCUGCAAGGAAAGAGGAGCAUGGCAGAGUGGGAGUUGGAGGAGCCUCCACCUGACCCAUGGGAGCACAGCAUCACUCGAGACUACGAGCGGGAGUUUCCUGGAGGAGUGGCCUCUCUGCAGUGUGGCGCUGACCAGGGCAGGUGCAGCAUCAAAACUGUGGACCUGGAGAGUGAAGAGCUGGAGAGUGAUGAGGAGUGGCAGCACCUGAUUGAGGUCACAGAGCCUUCGGCCAUGCAGCUGAGCACACCGCUGAGCCUCCUGAGGGACCCGGCCUUCCGGCACCGUGUCCAGGCCCGCCUGGCAGACUCUUCUCAGCAGGUUCGGGAAGGGAUGCUGGAGGGAGCUUCCCGUCUCUGUCCCGUGCUCCAUGUCGUGGGCAACCUCCUGGCUACUCGGUGUGACUAUGAGCUGCUGGACCACUUCUGCCAAGAGCUGAAUGUGCCUCUGUCCCUGCUGUGUCUAGCCAAGCAGAUCCUGGAGAGUCGUAGCAUCAAGCAGCAGCCCUGGUGUAUCGUGGUGCUGACAGACCUCCUCAUGGUGACCAAAGUUUACUUCAGCAGUGAAUGCAGCCUGGAGGAAAGUGGGCAAAAGGACAGCCUGCAGACCUUCCAGGAGAGUGCCAGCUGCUUCCUAGCUCUGCUGCCAGAGCUGCUGGCUGAGCCAGCUGACAGUGAGAUGAGUCUCUGCCAGCAAAGCCUCCUGUGCUUCACUGUGCUCUGUGAGAGCCUGGAUGUGAUGUACCCCUCUGUCUCUGCCCCCUUCUAUGCCAGCCUGCGAGAGAAGCAUCAGCCCCUGCUGAACAGACUCCUUCAGGGAUCCAUCUCAGAGCAGCCUGCUCUGCGAGGUACAGUGAUGGAGGCCAGAUCAGCCCAUGACCAGAGCCCACAAGUGGCAGACCUCUUCACAGCUGCAUUGGCUGCUGCCUUCAGCAUCCCCCUGGAGAGGAACGGCUGUCGGGAAGCCAAGCAGCAGGUCGCUCAGGAGGUUACUGAAAAGCUGAUGGAGAGAGAGAGCCAGCAGCUCAGGAGGCUGCUGGGGAAACUGGAGCACCCAAGCUGCUCCUUGAACGUGCUCAAGAUCCUCUAUGCUGGCUGCCAUGCCAGCCCAAGCCUGUGCCAGCACCUGGGAAGGAGCCAGCGACUGUGGGGUUCCCUCAUACAGCUCUUGAAGGGCAAGGUCCCCAUGGUGGAGGUAGCCCAGAGGGCAGCCUGCGAGGCCUCUCUGUACCUGCUGGCCCUGCUCACCCUGCAGCUCCAGGCCUCCCCUCCCAGGCUUGAGGAGAUGAUUAGUCUGGCCAUGGAUCUCAUCGCCCAGUCUCCUGUUGUCUCCCUUGUGGGUGCUGCAGCAUUCCUCUUGACACAGCUCAGUCAGCAAGGGGUAGCUUUGGAGCUCAGGGGAGAAGAUGUCCUACUGGCGGUGACAAAUGUGCUGACAGCACCUGCUGAGCUGCAGCUCCCACCACCAAUGGGUGCCGGUCUCUACGAUGGGCUCUUCUUCCUCCUGCUGAAGCUCCUUGCCCAGGAGGAUGUGACCAUGGAGCAGGGAUUUGCUGCCUCAGAGCUGUGGAGUGUGGUGUGGCACCGUGUUGCUGCAGUGCUUCAUGUGGGCAGUGACAGGGCACUGCUGGAUGGCGAAUCCCCAGGGGCAGCUCACCUCGCGGUGGAGCCAGACUGGAACCUCCUCUCCCCUCAAGGCACCCUGCUCUUCCUCAGCCUGGCCCUCUUCAUCUUCACUCGUGAGUCCCACUGGUGCCUGCUUCAGCUCACCCAGUCCCAUGGUGUCUUCAUCGUGACACUGAAGAAGCUGCUGUCCCCUGGCUUCCUGGCAUGCCUGACACAGACGCAAGCAGGAGAGCAUGGGGACCCUGACCUUGUCCCAGCUGUGGUGAUCCAGGCCUGCCAGCUCCUCUGUUUCCCUUUUGCCCUGUCUGUGGAUGGAGACACCUUAGCAUUGAUCAUGGAGGCUGUGAGAGAUGCCCAGAUCCCUGCCCAACUGCUGCAGGUCUGCUCUCGCCAUCUGCCCUUCUCAUACACCGAGCUCCCCAUCAGCCUCUUGUGCCACCUCGUUGUGUCUGAUGAGCAGGUCAUAGACCAAAUGGUGAGGGAAGCUGCCACCUCGGAGCACAUUGUUGCCUUCUUGAUGUCUGCCUUGUUUUCAGACAGCCUCAUGCUCACAACUGACCUCCUGUCUCUCUUGACCCAUGUGGCCCGGGCCUGUCCAGAGCACCUGCUCUUUCUCCAGAGGAUCCUGAGGGGCUCAGAUGUGGCCGACCAGCCACUGACCCACCUACUUGGCCACCAGCAACCCUCAAUACGGGCCAAAACCUGCAAGCUGCUGGGCAACUUGCUUCAACAUGGCCAUGGCUUUCUCCAGGCGCUGCAGAACCAGCUGGGCUUGCUGGAGAGCCUUCUGGAGUGCCUGGUGGACCAAGAAGAGAGUGUGCGCAGGGCAGCUAGCUUUGCAGUGGGCAACGCCACCUACCACCAGUCCUUCUCAGCCGGGAUGCUGGGCAGGGCUGUGCCCGGGCUGAUGCAGCUGUUGAGCGAUGUGCAGGCCAGGACACGCUGCAAUGCGGCCUUAGCUCUGGGCAACCUGGGCCAGCGCUGGGCAGAGCUGGGGGACCUGCUGAUGGAGAACAGGGUCCCCCAUGUCCUGCUGGAGGUGGCCUGCCGGGACCCGCGGGAGAGCGUGCGGGAGGGAGCCCUCAUCGCGCUGCGGAGCCUCAGCCAGCACCCCGGGAUACAGCAGGUCCUGCUCUCCCUCAGAGCCACGGAGAAGCUGGCCACACUGGCCAGUGGUGACUUGCAGCCCGCUGCUGGUCGCAGGCCACGGCCACCUUCUGCCCGGCACUGCCAGAAGCUCCUGCACCUCCUCACAGCUCCAGCGGCGCCGGGGACGGCCCCGGCCCUCCGGGAGUCCGGCAAGGCUGAUCCGCACCUGCGCUGAAGGCUGCCGCCUGGGCUCGGCCUGAUGCUGCCAUCACCAGGACGGGACACACGUUUCCUUCCUCCUCGGGCUGCAGCCGCGACCUGCCAUGGGACUCUGUCCGCCCGGGGGGGACACUGCCUGGCCAGCUUCACCUGGGGCCCUCCCCGUGGGAAGCCGUUCCUGGAAAAGUGGCUGUAGACUUCAAGAAACCACCUCUUUCUAAGUGCCGUGCCGUUCCCGUUCCGGGGCAGCCCCACGGCGGGUACCGGAGCCCAGGCUGCAUCCCUCCCCCACCCCCCGGCCGCUAGGGGGCGCUGCACGGCACACGGGAGCUGCAGGCGGCCGGCGCGGCGGCUGCCGGGAGGUGUAGUCACGUGGCGGCGCCGCCCCGGAUCCCUAUGGUAACGGCGGGCAGGGCGGCGGCGGCAGCGCGGGGAGCGGCGGGGCCCGGGGGCGCCGUGCAGGCGGUGAGUACGGGAGCGGCUGUCCCGCAUGUGCCUCCCCUCCGGGGAGCCGCGUCCUUCCCUCCAUGGGGAGUGUGUGUCCCCCGAGGAGCGGGGCCCUUGGUCCCCUCGCUGCCUCCCCGUCCCCGCCUUGCCGCGCCGCGGCUCCCGGCCCUCCCCGCCCUACCACCGUGUCCCCAGCACCCGCUCGAUCUGUACCCGGGCCCCAAGGAGGCACCUUUUCCAGCCCCAGGCCUCCCCGCGGGGCUUCUCCGUGGGCCUACCGCGUGUCCCCUCGGGGUGCGCCGGGCCGGGCCCCGCGGGGCUGGGGCAGCGGCGGGGGCAUGCUCUGCGGCGGGACAGACGGGGGGCGUCGUCCUGGCCAGCGCUCCCGGGGCGUGGUGCAGCAUCUCCGUGGCACCUUUGACCUCAAUGAUUUUUCACGUAAAGAAAUGAGAACCAGAGUGGGUUCCCCGGGUGAGUGCCAGGGAGGAAGAAGAGUUGGUUCCCCAGCGAGCCACGGCCCCAGCGAGCCUCUCUAGUGGUGGAGCUGGGGUUGCCCAGGCUCGAGUGGAGCACUGGGACAGCCUGGCUGUUAAUCCUUCCACUGGGGUCUUUGCUUGGCUGCUCCGGCGUCCUAAAAAGGAGCUGAUGGCUCUGAAAGGUGAAGAGCAGAGCUGCGAGAGGAGCAGAGACAAGCCUGGAGUGUUUCCUGGACGCUUCCAGGAUCAGGGCUGGGACUGAGUGCCACAGGAAUGGGGAAGCCCGGUGUACCAGCCUGCUGUCUCCCUGCCCAGGCAGGCUGCAGGUAUCCCAUGGGUGAUGCCGUUCAGCCCCACAGGUACACAUCAAAACCCUUCUUAUGUGACUCUCCAAUGAAGUUUCUCUUUUCAUUGCUGUGCGCUCCCCACUGAAAGGGUGUGUGUCAUCUAGUGGCUCCUAGGCAUUUUGGGGAAUAAACAGUGAAUUGCUGGUCUAAUGACAGUUUUAUCUAGUAAUUUUUCCUUGACUCUUGGUGGUUGUACUCAGCAGAUAGUGGCACUUUUCAAUCCUUGCAUUGCUCUCUUGCUGCGGUACUUAAGUUUUGUAUUAGGCAAACUUUGCUGAUGACAAAUCAAUCCCUCCCGUUCUUCGGUCAUGCCCAGGGCCUUUCUCAACGUAGCAGGGAUCGCAUUGCAAGGAGGACACUGCCUGGGCUAAAUGCCACUGUCCCCAGAUAAUGAUGCCUGCAUGGUGAUGUCAUAUCACCGAGGCAGGUCGGGGGCUUUGGCUGCUGUACCAGGCUGGCUGGGUGCCAUUCUGUGGCAUUUCCCAGGUUCCUUCCAUGCGGCAAGUCUGGGAGUAUUUGGCGGCUUCUUCCCAACUUGAAUCUCUGUUUCUGCUCCAUUCCCAAGCUCUGAGAGGCUGCUGUAUGGGGUGAGGUGGUUUCAGUGCCUCCAGGGGGAUCUUUCCCACCUUUGUCAAGAUACAGAAGGGUCGUCAUCGUGUACUGAAGGACACCUGGGAGCUUGUUUUUCUAGUUCCAGAAAAAAAGUGUCAAGAAGACAGAUAAAGAAUUGAUGUGAACUA